UCAUUGAAUUAACAAUAUUCUAUCAGUCUUAGCGAACACUUUACUUUUUUUCUAUUGAAAAUAUUAUAAGUUAAACUUUGGUAGAUUCUAAAGUUUUAUAAUAAUGAAUCUAAAAUGGAACACGGCAAUAUUGGUGUGUCUUUUGUUGUUCAAAAAGAACUUUAUUAAUGCAGGAAGCCAUUUACGGAUUUUUGGUGGGAAGGAGGCCUCCAUAGAGGAUCACCCAUGGAUAGUUUCACUUCAGAAUGAGAAUUUAGGUCACUUGUGCGGUGGGUCUCUGAUAAGUGAAGAAUGGGUACUAACAGCUGCAACUUGUUUCUUCAAUCUAAGAUAUCCAGACUCAAUCAUUGCUGGAUUAUCUAAUCUGACUAGUGCAAAUACUACCAUAAAAAUAGAAAGUGUACAAGUACAUGAGAAAUUCAGACCACGGAGGAUUUUCGAUUAUGAUAUAGCAUUAGUUAAAUUAGCAGAAAAAGUGACUUUCUCUGACAAGAUUCAGCCAAUCAGUUUACCAGAUCAAGAUGCUGAGAUACGAGUAGGUACACAACUUACAGUUGCAGGCUGGGGAUUCACAAAGAUGCCUCCACGACCGCAACCCUACAAUUUAGAAAAACGAAAACUGUUAUCUGGACCAGCAUCAAAUUCUGAUGUUCUAAUGGAAACAAAUGUUACUGUAGUAAGACACUGUCCUUGUAUGAAGACCAUAAUUGCUGCUAUUGAUAAGACAUCAGGAAUUUGUAAGGGAGAUGCAGGAGGUCCUUUACACCUAAAUGGUACAUUACUGGGAAUUGCGUCCGGCAUAUUUCACAUUUGUGAAAGUCAUUAUCCUGCAACAUACACCAACGUUGCCUUGUUUCGCACAUGGAUAAAAGAAAAUGCUGGUAUAUAAUUUAGAAUUCGUAAUGGUCACCACAAAUGGAAUGUUUAGUAAUUAUUGCUUUAUUGUGCACCGCAUUUAGAGUUUUAUUCUCUUCACUAAAGUCUUGUAAAUUAAAAAAUAUUGUAUAAAAAUAAAUCACCUGCACUCAAAA